AUGUGGGCGGCACUUCACCUCCCGGAGCAUCUCGCCGAUCACCCUCUCUGGCGCAACGCUGUGCGCUGCAUCACGGACGCGGGCCAUGGCUACAUUCCGCCGAGUCGGCAGUAUGUUGGUGGCGCCGGCCUUGCGCGCUGCCGCGGAAAGAUCGAGAAGGGGCUCGCUCCCAUCACUGCGAGCUGGAAGCGGGAUGGCGUGACGAUAGGUUCGUACAUGAUGACGGACAAAAGUGGCCGUCCCCAAGCCAACAUCCUAUUCAUCAACGAUUCUGGUGUUGUGUUCGCCGAAAGCAUCGACUGUAAGUUGGAGACGAAGACGGGGGGUUACAUUGCAUCUGUUUUGCGCCCGAUCAUUGAGAAGGUGGGGCUCGCCAACAUAGUUGCCUUCUGCAUGGAUGGGGGCAGCAAUUAUGCGGUUGCAUGUAGGGAACUCAUGCUUGAGUAUCCUCACAUUGAGCAUGUGCCGUGCGCUACUCACGUCAUGGAUCUGCUCAUGGUGGACAUUGGGAAAAUGGAUUGGGCGAAGGACAUUGUGGCUAAGGCGGGGGUGAUUAUUACCUUUGUGCGUGCCCACCAUUUCACCAAAGGUGAGAAGCCCGCAAGUGAAGGGAGGGAAGGGGAAGCAGGUGCUGAAGCCGGCGGGCACCAGAUUUGGCACGCAAUUCAUCGCGGUGCAGCGGCUUUGCGAGGGGCAGAGUUCUUCGUCGCCCUCUUGAAGAUCCCCUUUGUCGUCAUGCGCAAGACCGACUCGACGGCCAAGGGCAUGAUGGGCAGGAUGUACGAUCUGAUGCUCCAGCUCACGGAAGACAUCAAUGCGAAGCUGGAGGAGGAGGAGGCGGGAAUGGUGCUGUCCAGUAGUGAACGCACGGAGGUGACCAACAUCGUCCAAAAGCGCUGGGACCAUAGCAUGGCGUGUGCCAUGCACGUGGUUGGCCGGAUCCUCAACCCGAGGAGCUUCGGCCUACCCGACGCCAUCUCUGACCGUGAGCUCGUGAAGGCCGGUAAGAAGACGGUCGUCCAGUGGUCGACGUGGCACGGGACGGACCACCCCGAGCUGACAACGCUCGCUUGCCGCAUUCUCUCUCAGCCAGUGUCCGCAUCGGCAUGUGAGAGGAACUGUGCAGUGUGGGAAUCGAUCCACACUGCCAAGCGCAACAGGUUGGGGUCCGAGAAGUGUCGGGACCUCGUGUAUGUUGCGCACAAUUGGAACAUUAUGCGCAACUGGCACAAGGGGGCUGAAGGGGUGACGGUUCUCCCGGGGAACAUCUCUGAGGCCCCCCUGCCGGAAGGGUGCAAGGAGGUUCUGGAGGAGGAUGAGGAGGAGGGGGAGGAGGAUGAGCUGGAGGAUGAGUACAAGUAG